ACCAAACGGAUUUUGGACAGAUGGACGUCCUUCCUUCGGACAUUGGACAACUUCCGGUUUCCAAUAACACCAUUCAGACGUUCUACUUCCAUCAAACUGCUCAAGUAGCGUUCAUGUGCGUCCUGUUUCUGGUAACCAUGACAACGAAUGCCUUGGUGUUAUUCCUCAUUUUUAUGUCCAGGAAGAUUAAAUCUCGAAUGAACAUGUUUAUCGCCAACCUCGCCUGUGCAGAUUUACUUGUUGGAAUUUUCUUCAUCUUGACUGACAUUUUUUGGAAAAUCACAAUUGAAUGGCAUGCCGGGAACGUCGUCUGCAAGUUGAUCAAGUUCACGCAGACGUUUGUCAUGUACGGAUCAAGUUAUGCACUCGUCGCUCUGACCAUCGACAGACUGGAAGCCAUAGCAAGACCGCUGAAUUUUCAGACAAGGAGCAGACGUUACCGGAUACUCAUCAGUUUGGGCUGGUUCUUUUCCUUCCUGUUCUCACUGCCACACCUCCACCUAUACAACGAGGAAAUUGUGAACGGAGGCAUGGACGGUCCCAAGGUGCAAUGCUGGAUGCUACUUCCGGAACCGUGGAUGUGGAGGCCAUACAUCACACUGAUAGCCAUGGCUAUAUUUGUGGUGCCCGCCUUGAUAAUUAUGGCAUCGUACAUGUUCAUCAUCUGCAUCAUAUGGAGGAAAAACAACUCGACACUCUCCUCACACGACUACAGCGAGCGCUACCUACUGUCUGCUGCACAAGGAAAUGGGACAACAUACGGUUCCCCGUCGUUAGUAGUACACAGCAGUCGAAGACGAGGCCACUGGACGGAAACAAGCAUGAGUUCAAGGGGGAUCAUUCCUAGAGCAAGGAUCAAAACAAUAAAAAUAACAUUUGUUAUUGUUUUAGCGUUUGUCCUUUGUUGGAGCCCAUACUUUGUGUAUGACCUGCUGGACGCCUAUGGCCACAUUCAACAUGGGACACCGCAUAGCGUUGCUAUAAGUACCUUUAUACAGAGUCUUGCCCCUCUCAACAGUGCCGCUAACCCCAUCAUAUACAUUAUAUUUAAUACUGAGAUGUUCGAAAAGUACUGCUGCAGACGAUACGGCACCCAGUCGCCCUCUCGAACAUCUAUCACACAAGUGUAGGCAGGUUUUAGAUGAAGUGAAUUUGCAGGAUUGGAGGAUAUGCUCUAUGGUGUGGAGUUUGGUGAAAUGUAAUGAAUGCAGAGGAGGAAACAAAGUGUGACAGCUAAAGAAUAUGUAGGGGAAAUACUCAUUACUGGCGAAAGACCAUGAGACACGUGCGCUAGUGUCUUGCGUGGUCAAUAGCUGGAUGGGUGCCCGUCCGCUUGGUACGUUUUGGUGGCAGUGUUGGGACCCUUGGGUUUCUUGUAGUUGCGUUUGUACACAGGCAGGACCCUCGGAAUUCCCACGCCAAUCUCCACGGAGGUUCAAAAAAGUGAACAGUCGAGAUAAAUGAGGGGGAAUAUUACCUUUCUGGCGGGUUAGAUUUCAAGCAAUUCGCUCAAUAGUUCAGCAACGUCUAGCGUCGUCAGUGACAGGCUGGGUACUCAUUAGCAUAUAACAAUAUAUUACAGGUGAACGAGAACAGGCGUUCUUUUAACCUGGACAGGCGUUUCUAAGAUGUUGUCGGUAUGAUAUUACCUUUUUAAAUCCAAGUGUGAGACUCCCAAAACGCAUUCUUUGACAUCACAAUGUAAGCAUUGGAAUGAUGUCUUGUUUGAUAAUAUGGCGCCAUAUAAAAAUGGUUGAUUGGCGUACAACCAAUGUUACCAUUUUUAUUAAAAGAAGUUGUAGGUGUUGGAUGAGAUAGAAAUGAGUACUAGAUAAAUAAAUACAGUACUGGGGAGGGUAGAUGACAGAAAUACUAUGGCGAGGAAAGGUCGUAUAUUAAACAGCUGAACAGGGUGUCUCCCACACCUGACAGAUUUAUCUCCCAUUUUGCCUGUGCUAGAUUUAUCUGUCUCCG